AUGACCUUUGCCCUGCUGGGCUUCCUGUCCCCCGCCAACCGCGGCGGCCUCAUGACUGCCAUGGUCAUGAUGUUUGUGUUCAUGGGGCUGUUUGCCGGCUACGCGGCGGCGCGGCUGUACAAGCAGUUCAGGGGAGAGGAGUGGAAGGCCAUGACGCUGCGCACAGCACUGCUGUUCCCAGGCGUGGUGUCCCUGAUCUUCUUCGGCCUGGACCUGCUGAUCUGGGGCCAGAAGUCCAGCGGCGCCGUGCCCAUCGGCACGCUGGUCGCCAUCGCCUUCCUCUGGCUCGGCGUCAGCGUGCCCCUCACCUUCGUGGGCAGCUACUUUGGCUUCAAGAAGCCCGCCGCGGAGGACCCCGUGCGCACCAACAAGAUCCCGCGCCAGAUCCCGGAGCAGCCGUGGUACAUGCACCCCGCGUUCAGCUGCCUCGUCGGCGGCGUGCUGCCGUUUGGCGCUGUCUUCAUCGAGCUCUUCUUCAUCCUCACCUCGGUGUGGCUGCACCAGUUCUACUACCUCUUCGGCUUCAUCACGCUCGUGUUUGUGAUCCUGUGCAUCACGUGCGCCGAGAUCACCGUCGUGCUGUGCUACUUCCAGCUCUGCAGCGAGGACUACGUCUGGUGGUGGCGCGCCUACUUCACGAGCGGCAGCAGCGCGCUCUACCUGUUUGCGUACAGCGCGUUCUAUUUCUACAGCAAGCUGGACAUCACCAAGUUCGUGCCCAUGGUGCUCUACUUUGGAUACAUGACAAUGGUAUCUUACGGGUUCUUCUGCCUUACAGGCACUAUUGGCUUCUACGCCUGCUGGUGGUUCAACCGGAUCAUUUACGCAGCGGUCAAAAUUGAGUAG